AUGAAGGUAGCCGUCAUUGGAGGUGGAAUCAGUGGACUAGGUGCUGUCUGGCUUUUGAAUGAACAUUCCGAGCACCAAGUCGAACUUUUCGAAGCAAAUGAAUAUGUUGGUGGUCAUCCCCAUACCGUCCCACUCCCCACCAAUGCUAUGGUAGACACUGGUUUCAUCGUUUUUAAUCGGCUCACGUAUCCUAACUUCACCCGACUUCUCACUAUACCGGGCGUUCGAAGUGGUCCCUCCGAAAUGUCUUUCUCAGUUUGCGUCGGUUCAAAGUAUGAGUGGGCUGGGACAGGUUUAAUGGCAGCAUUUGCUGGGGCAUCUGAUUGGGGCGCUCAAGCUCGCAUGUUGUGUGAUAUCAUCCGUUUCAAUGCCAACGCCCCAGACGCCCUGCUCGAUCCACGUCCAUCGCUGAGUGUUGGGGAAUACUUGAACGAAAAUGGCUAUUCAGAUGCGUUCAGGCGUCAUUGCCUACUGGUAAGCUCGUUUGUUCCGCAUAUGUGCUAA